UAUAAGGAGACUUGGAGUCACUGCAGCCAAGGCUGGAGCCAUGAGGCGGCCCCCCAGCAAUGGAGAGGCGGCCAGCGAAGGUCCAGGUGGCUGGGGUCUAUGGGGAGUCCAGGAGUCCAGGAGGCUGUGCUGUGGUGGUCACGACCGCUGCGAGCAGGCCUUGCUGCAGAUUGGGAUCAACAUGAUGGCGCUGCCUGGAGGUCGCCACCUGGACUCCAUCACCCUGCCGGGUCAGCGACUGCACCUGAUGCAAGUGGACUCAGUCCAGCGCUGGAUGGAAGAUCUGAAGCUCAUGACCGAGUGCGAGUGCAUGUGCGUCCUGCAGGCGAAGCCCAUCAGCCUGGAAGAGGAUGCACAGGGUGACCUUAUCCUGGCAGGUGGCACUGGCCCUGGAGAACCCCUGCAGCUGCUGCUUAAACGGGGUUGGGUCAUCAGCACAGAGCUGCGCAGGAUCGGGCAGAAGCUGGCCCAGGACCGCUGGGCACGGGUGCACAGCAUGAGUGUGCGUCUGACCUGCCAUGCCCGCUCCAUGGUCAGCGAGUACAGUGCUGUCAGCAGGAACUCCUCAAAGGAAAUGGGCCAGAUUGAGAAACUGCUAAUGGAGAAAUGCUCAGAACUCUCGGCAGUCACAGAGAGGUGCCUUCAGGUUGAGAAUGAGCAUGUCCUGAAGUCAAUGAAGGCCUGCGUGAGUGAGACCCUGAGCAUGCUGGGCCAGCACUUUGGCCAGCUGCUGGAGCUGGCCCUGACACGGGAAGUUCAGGCACUGGUGAGAAAAAUUGAUGCCUCAGACAAUAUCUACACCACAGAGUCCACCACAGGGAACCUGUUCAGCCUGACCCAGGAGGGGGCUCCCUUGUGCCGCAUCAUAGCCAAGGAGGGUGGGGUCGUAGCACUCUUCAAGGUUUGCCGGCAGGACACUUUCCGGUGCUUGUACCCCCAGGCGCUCCGCACACUGGCCUCCAUCUGCUGUGUGGAAGAGGGUGUCCACCAGCUGGAGAAGGUGGAUGGCGUUCUGUGCUUGGCCGACAUCCUGACUGACGACAGCCACUCAGAGGCCACACGGGCUGAGGCUGCGGCUGUGGUGGCCCAGGUCACCUCCCCACACCUGCCUGUCACCCAGCACCUCAGUAGCUUCAUGGAGAGCAUGGAGGAGAUCGUGACAGCCCUCGUCAAACUGUGCCAAGAGGCCUCAUCAGGGGAAGUCUUCCUGCUGGCCUCUGCGGCCCUUGCCAACAUCACGUUCUUUGACACAAUGGCCUGCGAGAUGCUCCUGCAGCUGAACGCCAUCCGUGUCCUCCUGGAAGCCUGCAGUGACAAGCAGAGAGUGGAUACACCUUACACUCGGGACCAGAUUGUGACCAUCUUGGCAAACAUGUCUGUCCUGGAACAGUGUGCCUCUGACAUCAUUCAGGAGAAUGGGGUCCAGCUCAUCAUGGGCAUGCUGUCUGAAAAGCCAAGGUCUGGGACCCCUGCUGAGGUGGCAGCCUGUGAGCGAGUCCAGCAGAAAGCUGCAGUGACCCUGGCUCGUCUCAGCCGAGACCCAGAUGUGGCACGGGAGGCUGUGCGGCUCAGCUGCAUGUCCCGUCUCAUCGAGCUCUGCAGAUCCCCAUCAGAAAGGAACAGCAGUGAUGCUGUGCUCGUGGCCUGCCUGGCUGCUCUGCGUAGAUUGGCUGGGGUCUGCCCCGAAGGCCUCCAGGACUCUGACUUUCAGCAGUUGGUCCAGCCUCGGCUUGUGGAUUCCUUCUUACUCUGCAGCAACAUGGAGGAGAGUUUUGUGUAGUGGGUGUGGGAGAAGAAAGACAUUUGGCUGUUCUCACGCCCCCUCUGAGUACGCACCAGUGAACACACCUGAGUACACACCAGCUCUCCUCAUCUUAUUUAUACUUAACUUAUUUUUGUGUGAAAUAAACGGAGGGCAAAAUCUUAGAGCAACAUCAUCAGUCUGCGGUCCUUGGGAAUCUUCUUUGUUUUUUACUUUUUGACUUCUGUAGCUUUUCAGUUGCAGACAUUGAAAUUCAUAAUGGCUAAUAUGACAGAUUAUCAUGGGUGAUUCCACUUCAUCUUAUUUUUUCUACUCUAACUAUAUAAUCUUGCCUCAUUUUUAAAAACUUCGGAAUCUCGUUUUUCAACAGCCUAGCAGGGGUUUUUUUAAAAGCUAUAUUUGCUCUUCCCAAAAAUCUAAAAUGAAUUCCAUAAUUGGGUAGAAUAUAUUGGAAAAAAGUUUCUUUUUCUUCAAUAAAGGGAAUUAUAUAUAUCCCGGAUUUUCUUAUUAAGUUGUAUUUUAAACUAAGUUCUUGCUUCCCAAGGUUUCAUUCUCCAAAAACUUUUCCAACCAUUAAAAGUACAUAUCGAAUUGUCUUGUUUUCACAGGUGUAUAAAUAGGUUAAGCUCUGAGUGAUUUAGUGAGAAACCAAAGUGACUUUCAAAAAUACUUCCAAAGGCACCAGAAACCCUACUUCCUUUGGCUUCUUUUGUGGCUUUCUUUUGUGUAACCUCCUGUUUACCUCCUGGUGAAUAGAAUCUUCAGAUGAGGCUUAUUGAAUGAUUCCUCCUCAACACUAUACUUGAGAGCAGUGGUGUGCUGAAGCCAGCUCAUGGCCACUCACAAGGGACAACUGUGGGAAUUUCUUUCCAACUCUGCAUUCAGUGACCUUGUGUUGGUAGCCAUGAGCUACCCCAUGAGCCCUCAUGUUGAAAUUGGCCAUAAUGGGAGUAUUUACACCACAGAAAUUCGCAGAUGCUAUAAAGCACAGUUUUCGCUUUUUUUUUUUUCUAGAGAGCUGGUUUGCCAAUAUCACUGCUUGAAAAUAUCACAAAAAUCUGGGGAUCCUUCUGAAAAUAUUAAUGCCAUCAUAUUAUGAUAUAAUUUACACAAUAUAAUUGUGUAAAAUCAUGAUUAUAAUAAUGUUUCAAGAAACAUUUCUUAAAUUCCCAA